GCGGCAGGAGCCACCAGCACCGGGCUUCAUGGAACCUUCCGGGAUUGAAGGGCAAAUCCAAGUAUCCUUUUAAACCUGCAGUCUGGCCUGGCCUGGCCCGGCCCGGGCCACUACCUGCUGCAGUUACGGUCACCGGCUUCAGGCGUUCUCCUGCAGCGAGAACCGACACUUUUCCCUCCACCAGAAACAAAGUAACAAAACAAAAAGAAACAGCAACAACAAUUGCAACAUUGACCAUGUCCAGGGAAGUGUUACCGGGUCCGGGAAAGUCCGAAACCGCCGCUGAUUCCCUCUGGGCGGGUACCGGGGCAUGCGGCGGGCCCGGGCGGCCGCUGCUGAUCUUCUCCUCCUCUUCCCCUCCACCACCUUCUCCUUCCCCUUCCCCAGCAGGAAGUGGCCCGGUUGAGGCGGAGAGGUCGGGGACUGGGCCCCGGGCGGAGGCGGCUCAGGGGGUCCUGCUGUUCGCUGCUACCCCCCUGGGUCCCGGCUCAAACGAGUGGGGACAGCGGCCCCCCCUGGGGCGCCCACCGGUGAAGAGGAAGUUGGAGCUGGAGAGUGAUCAUCAGUAUCUGGCUGUGGAAAUGGUGAGCCCCAAAGGGAAAGGCAAGUCUUCAGGGAGAGGUAUGGUGCAUUGUAACAAAACCUGUGAUUGUGCCUUGCUUUGUAACACGCUAAAUGCACUUCAGAUCUCGUUGCAGAGCAGCAGAGGGCCUGUGGAUGUCUUCCUGUGCCCCGAGAGCGGUUCGGGAACUUGCAGUCCUGUGAAGAGCCUCAGCAGCCCCGUGAAGAUCAGUCCUGUUAAAGUCAGCCCCAUUCGCAUGGGCAGCCUGGGUCCAGUGACCCACCAGGAACUGUUGGGAAGCACUUCCCAGGGCACCAUCCUCUCGUCGUCUUCAAGUCAUGACCAAGGGACGCACCUUGCAAGUAAUACAUCCUCCCCAUUGGGAGGAGUUGUGGACAUUAACCUCUCCCCUUUGACCUCAGCUGUCAAUCUUCUACAGCAGCCAGACGACACCCUUCCCACAAUCCCAUUCGACGACAUGUUUGUCAAUCUCUCUCCGCCAGUGUUUCAGGAUUACCAUUUUGGUUUGGACGAAGGGGAAGGGAUCAGCGAAUUGUUCGACUGUGACUUUGACACGUUACCACCAUUGGAGUUCUGAGGGAGUGUUUGUGCGUAAGUUAGGAGCCAGCCUGUGUUAUUCUGUAACGGAAACAGAAAUUGCUGGAGAAACUCAGCAGGUCUGUGCAGAGAGAAAGCAGAAUCAAUGUUUCAGAUCAAGUGGCCUUUCUUCAGAAUUUCCAGCAUCUGCACUUCUUUUGUGUUUUUGUCUUGGUUUACUGUAUUAUUCUGUGCCAGAAAUGUUUGGGAAAGGCUUCCUCCCAUUCCCUCAUGUGAUCGAUCAGCUGGAGUUGCUGGAAUCGCUGGAAGAUGAAAGUUUGAGGCUGGAGUGAAUUUGCUCAUUCCAUGGUUCCUGCUCUCUAUGAAGGUGCUCUCCCUUCCUGAACCACAGAGUACGUUAUUGUAUCUUCCCCCCACCACACCCCCUCCAUUUCCUUUCCUCCCUUCCCUGUUUUUGUUUAUUCUUUUGUGGAAUGUGAAUGUUGGCGAGACCAGCAUUAAUUACCCUUCCCUAAUUGCCCUUGAGCUGAGUGACCAACUGGGAUGUGAAGAGUGACCGUAUAGUUGUUGUCUCUGGAGUUACAUGUAGGCCAGGCAGGAUAAGCUCAGCAAUUACCUUCCUUAAAGGACAGGAAUUUUUGUUUUAAGACAAUAAUAGUUGCUGAAACUAGCUUUAGGUUCCAGUUUAAUUGAACGAAUUUAAAUUCCACCAACUGCCUUGAUGGGAUUUGAAGCCUUGUCUACAGGCCAUUAGCCUGGGCCUCUGGAUUGCUAGCCUAGGGACAUUAUGGUUACACCACCAUCUCCUCUGGCAUCUCCUCGGGCCAUCAUCUGCACACCAGACACUUGUCCUUAGCGACCAAGCAACUGUGACAGGAUCAUUGUAGGAGUUGUGUUCCUCCAGCUCUACACUGUGUUAUCUCUGACUCCAGCAUCCAUGGUUCUUACUAUCUCCAUGUAGGAGCCAUGCUCGGAGAGUGGGUGGGGGAGGCCCCACACAUAUCCCAGCGUUCCUCUCUUCCCUGUCCUGAGGGAGCAGCGCUGUGUACCUGAGGGGAAGUUGCAGAUGGUAAGUGGAUAAACCCAGCAAUUCACUGUGAAAGGCCCACACUUCCUGUGCAGUCCAGAUCCUCACUGGCUCACACCAACAGAGCUAGCAGCAUUGGCACAAAUCGACAGUGGGUGGGGCAGGGGGGUGCUCUCUCUGUUAAACUGAAGGCAGCUCUCCUGGCUCUCCUACUGAAGCAAACUCUUUGUUCUGUGAAUGGUAUUAAUUUUAAACAAUCGUUUGGUGCUAGAGGAAAGACAAUGAGCUGUUGAAGCUUCCCAUCUUUCACUGAGCACAAAUGGCAAGUUUCAAAGACUGCGUUUGUGCCUCCCUGCCACUGCCAGGGGAGCACUGUGCACCACAGCCAUGAAAUCAGUGUGUCACUUUUAAACUCUUGCCCAGCAGCAAAGGAACGUUUAUCAAAGAAAUCACGAGACCCUGUGUCAGGACCAAUCGCACCCUUUUCCUCCUGCUUGGUAAAUUGAUGUUCCCUUUGAAUUUGGCAUUCUUGCAACGGUCUGGUCAAGUGCGAGACAGAAAGCUUUGAAACCAUAACUGCCUGUUUUGCCAAAAUUCAGGUUUUAAUUUUGUUGUGAAUCAGCAUUCUUCUUUUCUCUUGGCAAAGAUUUCCCCUGAUCGACCUCUCUUUCUUCUCCGAGCUGUUUACUUUUCCAGCCAGAGGCUGAAACCCUUCCCGGGCUGAACUAUAUUCCGAGAUUUCCGGAUGGCGCCAUGUUGGUGUGGAUUCUGUGCUACAGAGCUACCCGUGCAGUGGGGAGGGAGGGAAUGGAGAACCCCCCCCUCCCCCAGGCCAGGGUGUGGGAGCUGUUGGGCUUGGAGUGUCACUGUGAUUGACAUCCCCAGUGAAAGCUGCUUAAAGUCCCUUCGGGACCCCCGUCUCCUGUGAAGGGGAACCGUUUUUGCCAACUGCGUCUUUCUGGUUGGAUGGGGUAGGAUGGCGCGCUCUUCGCAGCAGUGGUCCUGAUGCUACUGCGGCGUUGCCAUGGUGGUGCGGUGGGGGCCCAAGCUUCCUGGUAACCUUGGUAACCUGUUGGUUUAGAAAUUCCGAUUGGCCGGGCAGGUGAGUGACUGAGGGUCACGUCUGGGAUCGUUAGGUGGUUGUUGGGGGCUUCUAACUGAACCCGUGAGCAUCCUUUCCCUCCCCCAACUCUCACCCUCAUGACCCAGGCAAUGCCAACUGUCCAGGCCAUUUCAGUGCCACCACUUACCCACCUCUGAGCAGUUUGAUGGUUACAUUUACGAAGCAAAGCUCAGACCCUGAAGGGAGAGGGGUAGAAUUUGGAUUUACAUAGUGCCGUAUAUGACCCUCGACAACAGCCUUUGAUGCAACAAAACGCCUCGAGGCGUUUCACAGGGGCGUUAUUAAAAUGCAUGUCCGAGCCACUGAGGGAUGAUCAAAACAGGUAGGCUUCAGGGAAUGUCUGAAUGCAGGAGAGUGGGAGGCAGAGGUUUAAGGAGGGAAUUCUGGAGCGGAGGUUAUAGGGCACUCGAGUCUCGGCUGCUGAGGGUGGAGUAGUUAAAAUCGGGGAGGCUCGAGAGGCCAGAAUGGCAGUGAGCGCACAGGGACUUGGAGGGUUGGAGGUCAGAGGAGGCUGUAGAGAUGGUGAG